AGGGAAGAAGAUGGGUGGCUCAACUAGAAUUGGUCGGCUCCGCUGAUCAUCGGCUCUCCGGCGCCACCUACUGUCGGGCUCCCUGCCCUCCGCCCUAUCAUUCCCGAUGGACAUCAGCCGCUGCUGCUCAUCACCAUUUCUCUCCUUUUUGCUUCCAAGGGUGGCCCUUUAAAGGGGUUAAAACCACAGAGCACUGAUUCCCAGAGAAGCCAAGAAAUUUGAAAAGGAGGAGGGGGGCGGACUGUAAAUACUGCAAAGUCCCUUCCUCCUCCAGCUCCCAGCUAAGCUUGUGCUGUGGAGCUAUUGUUGUGUUUUCCUUGCUGCAGACCUGAGGUGGGGAGGGCAUGCCCACAGAUGUAGUUUGUGGAUGAAAUUCAUUCUGCUAUACAAGUCUUAAAGGGGCAGGGGCACCAGUCACCUGUCUGAACAAUACUACCUCCAAUUGUAGUGGUGUUUCAUACAAUUAAAUGCACCUCCAUCUACGAGACCCUUGUGGAUUCUGCUGCUGGGGCUAGCCUGGGACAAGAAGCCAAGUAAACUUAGGAAGAAGAAACUCCCCCCCCCCAAAGCUUCUUGUUUGUGUGUGAGAGAGAGGCGAAUUGGAGUAAAGCCUUGGCCCUAGAAAAAUGGCUGCCGAGCAAGGGAUUCUGGGAGAUCUGGUUCCCCGGUUCCAAGCCGGGCUACAGCCAGGGGAGGAAAUGUUGCAGUGUGGACUCCUGAGCCCCAAACCGGAGGAAGAAUUGGAGGGGAAAAGUGAAAUGUCUCCCAGGAUCCCAACCGAACUUCCCCAGAGAAUGACGUCCCCGCACAUCAAAGAGGAAGCCGGCGAAGGUUUGGCACAGCCGUGGGAGCCUCGGUGGCAGCACUUCCCAAGGGAGCCGCGGCCCUUUCACACAAUCUGGGGGGGUGCGCCCUCCCCCUGGGGCCAUGCCGAAGCUUCGCCCUCUUCUUUCCAGGGGUCAGGUCAUGCUGGCGGCCGACCCGGAGGAGAGCGGGCGGCCCAGCCGUGGCCUGGCCCUGGCAGAGACGUUCAAGGGGCGCUAGUCGACGGUGAGGGAGCCUGCGGGAAAGUCAAGGAGAAGGCGUCCCUGGAUGAAGAGGCCGCCGACACGGAGAAGUGCCGCCAGCGGUUCCGACACUUUGGCUACCAGGAGGCCGAGGGCCCCCGCGAGGUCUGCAGCCGCCUCUGGUUCCUGUGCUACCAGUGGCUGAAGCCAGAGAGGCGCACCAAGGAGCAGAUCCUGGAGCUCCUGAUCCUGGAGCAGUUCCUGGCCGUCCUGCCGCCGGAAGUGCAGAGCUGGGUGAAGGAUCGCGACCCAGAGACUUGCGCCCAGGCGGUGGCCCUGGCAGAGGACUUCAUGCUGAGGCAGGAAGAGGAGCCCCUGGGGGCAGGCGGCGAAGUCCCCCAGCCUCUUGGAGCAGGAGAGAAGGGUUUUGGGGCGCUGUUGCCUUUGCAACACAUGGAGAAAGUGGUGUCUGGGCUUCUGGCGGAGGUCUGCCUGUAUUCUUCCAAAGCGAGAGGCACCUUCAAAACGGAUGAGCAGGAGAGCGGCAGAGAUGCUUCUUUGCAGGAUCUUCCAGCAGAUAAUUUGCCAGAGAGGGAGGCCUCGGCCGUUUUGCCCCAGGAAAACCCGAGGCAAGAGGAUCCGUUGCGAGACUGCGGGAGGGACUUUGGUGCCGGUUCGGACGUGGCUGAGCGUGAAGACUCGACCCCUGGCCUGAAGGCUCACAAAUGCUCCGAGUGUGGGAAACGGUUCCAUCAGAUUUCCCACCUUAACAGGCACCUGAGAAUCCACACCGGCGAGAAACCGUACAAGUGCCUGGACUGUGGGAAAAGUUUCACGCAGGGCUCUUGCCUGCUGGGUCACCAGAGGAUCCACACGGGCGAGAAAGCGUAUUCAUGCUCGUACUGCGACAAAAGCUUUAUUUGGAGCUCAGGGCUCCACCAGCACGAGAAGAUCCAUCUGGGCGAGAAACCUUACAAGUGCUUGGAGUGCGGGAAGAGCUUCCACCGGAGCUCCGCUCUCACCGACCACGUGAGGUCCCACACUGGGGAGAAGCCGUACACCUGCUCCGACUGCGGGAAAGGCUUCAGCCAGCACUCCAACCUCAUUGUGCACCGGCGGGUCCACACUGGGGAGAAGCCGUACACCUGCUCUGUUUGCGGGAAAAGCUUCACCCGCACGGCGUUGCUCAUGGCGCACCUCAGGAUCCACACAGGAGAAAAACCCUACAAAUGCUUGAUCUGCGAGAGGAGCUUCAGGGAGAGGCCAGCUCUUACGAAACAUAAGAAGGUCCACAUGAGAGAGAAUUUGUAGCGCGUCUGGACGUUUGGAGAAACCUCUGUGUUGGCUCUCCUUUCUGGGCAUAAAGUAGCUUUUUGCAUCCCUCGGCCGUUUCACACACGGCCACACCAUCAAGUUAAAAGUGGUCUUACACCGCUUGAACAGCCGCGGAUUCCCUCAAAGAAUCCAGGGAACUGUAGUUUGUUAAGGGUGCAGGGAGUUGAAGCUCGGUGCCGGGAGUUGUUAGCUGUGUCCUGACACUCUCAGCACCCCAUAACAAGCCGCAGUUCCCAGGAUUCCUUGGAGGAAGCAGUGUAAGAGAGUUUUAAAUGGGUGGUGUGGAAUGUGACCUUAGAAACGGCUGAUAGGUCAGAGCUGCUGUGAUGUCAUGGAAUGGUUUCUGAUCAGUCGGGGAACUGUCACUAAUUGUACUUUGAUAAGAGUGAAGGGAAGGGAAGAGUAAGGCCAACAUAACUAGGUGGGGAAAACCAAGAAACCAUCGGAUGCUGGAAAAGAAGUUUUUGAGAGUUGUUUGUUGUUGUUUCGGGGGUAGGGGUGGGGCUUGAGGGGUGAAGAGCCAAAAUGUGAGUGAAGCCAAACAUGUGAUGUCUGAACACUGAAUUUCACAUAAUAGCUUUCAGCUCACCAGCUGCAUCUUAAUCUGUGGGUGCCAUGUACAAAAUAUUUGACAGAAAGUGGUACCCAGCAAACUCGCACGCUGAAGAGAACAACCUCCUGGUGUUGGAAAUCCCAGUGCAGAAGAGGCUGGCCUGCUCCUGAGUCCUUCUUGCCUGUUUUUUCCAUUUACAGGGUUUUUCUUCCCUACUGAUUAUUUCCAGUGUUACAAUUCUAUCCAAACUCAGGGACUCUGAAGAGCUGCUCAGAAACACCUGUCACACAAAAUAAAGUUGGGAGUGGUUGGU